AUGGGCAAAAACAAGAAACAGCAGCAAAAACAAAAAAAAACAUCUGCCUCUUCCUCCACACAACAACAACAAUCAUCAUCAUCAUAUGAUUCACAACAAGAAAUAAAGGAUGAAUCAAUUCCUUCCUAUAUGUAUGAUUUUCAAGAGGGUGGACCCACUCAACAACAAACUGAAUGGCUUUCAAGUACACUCAGUGAAAUGCCACCCGAAUAUUUACAACAAAUGUUGGUAACCAUGAUGAAAGUCUAUUCGGAAGAAAAAGGAGAAUCAAGUAAUGAAGGUUUGAAAAGGAAUAAGAAAGUAAAGGAUGAUGAUGAUGAUUUAGAUCCUGUUUAUGAUAAGAUGGUGCAUGGUCUGGUAGAAUUUCAAGAACGGGAAGAAAAAGGACUUGUUGAAAAGAAGAAACGUGAUGAUAGUGGAGAAUAUCCAAUUGGAGAACCUAUGGAUUGGAACAAGUUUUUCAAAAGUGAUUUUCCAACUGGAUAUUACGACAAUCUCAUUGACAAUAAUACAUUUAUGAGUAUUUUACAAUCAAAGAUUAGAUUAUUGGCCUAUGACUCUGUUUGUGAAGAGAGUACCAUUUACUAUUCCUUAAUGAUUAAUGUUUUAAAUCCACUUGGACAAGAUACCAGAAGAUUACUCGUUCUUCAAAGGUUAAGAAGACAGGGUGAUAAUCCGAGAUCCAACAUUAGACCAGAAACUUAUUCAUUCUAUGGUGAGUCAGAUUUCAAAAUUUGUCCAAGUGUUGAAUAUUUAAAGAAAAUAAUUACAAUGAGAUUUAUUCCAAAGGAGAAACAAGAUGUUAAGGAAGAUAUUCUUGAGGAUAAAGAACUUGUUAGAUGUGCCAAGUUUGUGAUAAAUUCAAAAAAGAGGAGAAAGAAAGAUUUUGAAGAGGAAUCUGACAUUCCAUUUUGUGAAAGUUUUGAUACCAAUAAUUUGGAUUCAGAGGAUUAUGACUUUGACUCAAACGAUCCAGAAAAUAAUAUCAAUUUUUCCAAUGGUCACGAUAGGGAGAAGUAUAGAGAAUACAAGACAGAAGGAGCUACUAUUAGAAGAUUACUCAUUGGUUCAUGGUCUCCUUGUCCUUGUUAUGAUGGUCAAUUUAGAAUCAAAAUUUCACCACUUUUCAGAAAGAUUUACUAUAGAUUCUUUACCUUCUUACCUUCUUAUCACAAUAAUUUCCAUGAUGAGGAGGAGAGAGACAAAUACCUUUCCAUUCUUACCAAAGCAAUUGCUUCUACCAAUUCAUGUUCUCAAUAUUUAGAGAAUGAGAUUGAAAGAUUGAAAAAUAGUACAAUACUCAGUAUGGAAAUUGAUUAUUCUUCAAUUACAGGAAUACAUUUACAAAAAUGUUCAGUAGAUCAAAGAGUAUUCAAUGAAGAGCUCUGUUUGCUUGUUCUUCAAGUGAACCAGGCACCAACAUUCUACUCUAGAAAAGUUAAAGAUGGAUACAUUAAAGAUAUGAAUACAAAGAAACGAAACGAUUUUACAGAAAAUUGUGCAGCAUCUAUCAGCACUAGACAUUUCAUUUGUGGCAGUGAAAGAGAAAUGAAGAGAAUUGCAUCAAUUCUCAUUCAAAGCGACACCACAGGUACCUUGCGUAAACUCUAUCAUGAAGGAAUGAAGAGCAUUGACUUGGAAACUGAACCAGUUGUUGUAAUCUCAAGUCCAGUUGUUGAAAAUUCAACCUCCUCAUCACCAAAUAAUUCAACGGCAAUGAAAAUGUUAAAUAAUUACAAACUUUCUGCAGAUAGAAAAGUAUUAGGGGAAUGUAUUUUCAGUCAUUUGCAAGAGAAUUUUAGUCAACUCUUGUGGGAAAAAUUACUCACUACAUCUAUGAGAGAAGCAGCCAAUCAAACUGGUAUUGAUUUAAGAGAUAGAGGUUAUUCAGACGAUGAAUUGGAUAAUCUCCAACUCUAUCAAAUUCUUGGAAAUGAAAAAUUUACAAAGGACAUUUACUUUUCCUUUUGUAGAGGAAGAUUUUACAAAACGAGCGAGUAUCAUCAUGUUAAUGGAAAAUGUUGUGCAAUAAGUGAGAAUCCAACCAAUAGUACCACUACUACUACUGCAACUGUUCAACCAAAGAAAACAACAAGUAACCAGGCAGUUCUAGGAACGCCAUUCAAGUUUGUAAAUAUUGGCUCUGUAAUUGAAUAUCCUCUUCCUCCAAAUUUUCCCCCUGUAAAGAAAAGAUAAUUGAAGAAAAAUAAGUCAAACAUUGGAGUUAGAAAUAUGUUUAUUGAAAUAAUACUAAAAUGUACAUCAAAUUUUGGUUUGAUAUUUUAUGUCAAAUCGAAAUUGAUUCUGGUUUUAUUU